UUCCUCUUUGCAUACUGCUUAGCAGUAUUCUCUAUUAAGUGUGUUUCUUUUCUAGAGAAAAUAGAAAGAACCGUCCAAAUUGAAGCUUCAACUGUUGAGAUUGAAGAGCGGGGCGUCAAGCUGCGACUGACGGUGGUGGACACCCCCGGCUACGGUGACGCCAUUAACUGCAGGGAUUGUUUUAAGACGAUUAUCUCCUACAUUGACGAGCAGUUUGAACGGUACCUGCACGAUGAGAGUGGCUUGAACAGGCGGCAUAUCAUCGACAACAGGGUGCAUUGCUGCUUUUACUUCCUGUCGCCUUUUGGCCACGGACUUAAACCCUUGGAUGUUGCAUUUAUGAAGGCAAUACACAACAAGGUGAAUAUCGUGCCUGUCAUUGCAAAAGCCGACACUCUCACUCUGAAGGAGCGGGAGCGACUGAAGAAAAGGGUGAGUACAGGGCCGGCCUCCUGUUCUCCCUCGGGCUGA